CACCCACCCACCCACACACACACACACACUCUCUCUCUCCCCUCAGUCCCGCAAUCCCUCUUCCCUCCACUGUCCUGGGCGGACCGUAAACCCGUCUUCACCUCUCAAACAUGUGGUAUCUCGGCAGCUGGCUGUUCCCCAUUAUUUCCGCGUUAAUGUGGCUCGGGAUGCUCCUAGGACUGUUCGUCGACUGGGAAGCCAGGGGCCACCGACAUCUACCGUCCAUGGAGCCCCAGCAGACGAUAGCUUACAUAUCCGACACGGGCGCCUUCAGUCUCAAACCGCUCUUCAUCACCGGCGCCGUCAUCACGACUGUCUUCCUGGACCUGGGCUUCAUGGCCGAACGCUGGCUCCGACACGCCGGUCGUCUCGCCCCGAACACGUCGACCGCGCAAAAGGUCCUGUCCGUCCUCGCCAUCGUUUGCGCGGUCGCCGGAUCCGCAGGCCUCAUCCUCCUGUCUAUAUUCGACACAUAUCGCCACCCGCACAUGCAUGACGGCUUUCUCCUCCUGUUUAUUGCCGGCUACAUCUUGUCCGCAAUCUUCCUGUGCGCCGAGUACCAGCGUCUGGGCAUCCACUACCGAUCCCACCGGAUCCUGCGCAUCAGCUUCUGGGUCAAACUCACGUUCAUCCUCGUCGAGGUUGCCCUGGCCAUUGCCUUCGCGAGCACGACCUUCACGAGUCACCAGAAUGUCGCCGCCGUGCUUGAAUGGGUCGUCGCACUGAUCUUUACCUUCUACAUCUUGUCGUUCUUGCUGGAUCUCUUGCCCAGCGUGAGAACCGCGCACCAUAUGCCGCAGGGCUGGGCGCUCAAGCAGGAAAUGGAAAAGGUUAACCAUGGACACCAACCUGGUGCGCCCUUGACGACGGACAGUGCUGGGCCAAAUCAGAAUUCGAAUGUCACUCCUGGCGAUGAUCUCGAGGCUGGUGCGUAUAGAGGCGCCCCCAUGACGAACGGUACGAAUGCGGGAUAUCCGCAGAGUCAUGGCGACUUGGGAAGGCAGAAGAAAUGGGGCGUUGGCCGGUUUAGGAUCUAAAUCAAUCAGUCCCAGCCGUUCUACUUCGUUUCCAUUCCUCGUGGUCAGUUGGACAACAGUAUCAUCUAUGUGAGGAUAAAAACAACACUUGCACAAAAUCUUACGAGGCGACCCAAAAAGGAUAUACAGGGUGCAUUGCAUGGCGUUGGUUGGAUAUCAGAUUUGCAUGUCGCAUCGAGGACUUCACGCAUAAAGGUUCUUCCCACAGAUGAGGACACCCGGCGGUUAUCCUUUUCUGGAUUAAUAAUGUGUUAUAUGCUACAUUACGACAAUAGAGAAGAAGCAUGAAAUACCAUAUCCAGAGUUC